AUGCCUGGCAAUGCAGCACCAUCGAAACCUGCCUCGACGGAGCCAACACUACAUCCGAUCACGUACCGCGCCGACAUUGAUGGCCUUCGCACUCUGGCCGUCGUACCAGUCAUCUUCUUCCACGCGUACCCGGAGCGGUUUCCGAGUGGAUUCAUCGGGGUCGACAUAUUUUUUGUCAUUUCGGGCUACCUCAUCUCGAGCAUCCUGUUCAAAGAGUCGACAAAAGGCUCGUUCACGUACGCGAACUUCUACAGCCGUCGCAUUCGCCGCAUCUACCCCACGCUCCUCCUCAUGCUGACUCUCACUUUUUGGCUCGGACGUCUCUACCUGCUCUCGGCCAAGCUCAAGGCUCUCGCGUCGACGAUGUUGGCCGGCACAAUGUUCAGCGCGAAUCUCCAAGUCAUGCUGCUUGAUCGGGGGUACUUUGACGACGACAUCAAAGAGAACCCGCUGCUACACUUGUGGUCGCUGGGCGUUGAAGAGCAGUUCUACAUCUUCUGGCCGUGCUUCGUGGCCAUUUUGAUGCGUCUGUCGGUUCGCUCAGCCGUGACGAUGCAACUAGUCGUCCUCUUGAUGAGUUUUGCAUGCAACGUCUUGUUCCUCGGAUUCCAUGGCACGAACAAGUACUCGUUCUACUUUCCGUUGAGUCGAUUCUGGCAGAUGGGGGUUGGUGGCCUCUUGGCAUACCUGCACCACGUCCGCGUGGCCACCGCCCCGCAAUACGUGGCGCUGCCUCGUGGUGACACGAACGUCACAGAAGGCAAAGCCGGUCGACGGAGCUCCACUGUCCGAGCGACGGCAUUGUCAUGGGUAGGGCUGGGCUGCAUUCUUGCCGGCUUUGCUUUGCUUGACGAACAGUCUGCGUUCCCGGGGUACUGGGCGCUCCUGCCCACAUUGGGUGCGGCGAUGCUCAUCUUUGCCGGCCCUACCGCCUGGUUCAAUCGAAACAUGUUGAGCCAACGAACGAUGAUCUUUAUUGGGAAGCUCAGCUACGCCUUAUACUUGUGGCACUGGCCUCUGCUCGUCUUUGCCAAGCUGCGUUUCCCCGACCCAGACCUCCGACCCAACUACAUGACUCCACUCGCCAUGCUUGGUCUCGCGUUCGUUUUGAGUCUGAGCUCAGUGUACCACGUCGAGAACAGCCUGCGCCGCCACAAAGGCAAGUGGGUCGUGCCAGCGCUGAUGGGAGGCAUGCUCGUCAUGACUGUGUUGGCAGCCAUCGUUCUCGGCAGCCCCGACUCGUUCUCGUACUCGCAGCAAGCCAUCAACAUUCGUGCGGCAAAGGCUCUGGCUGCUGCUCAGCAGGUGCCGAACGCUACUACGGCGCCGCUGCCUGAUAUCCCCAAUGUCAGCCGGGGCAACUUCACAAAGGGACCGACCCACGCCACCGUUGUCGCUGCUUCACUCGAUAUGAUGGCCGACAUUGGGCUCGCCAUUCCAAAGGACCACAUGGUGGGAUUUUCCCUCGAAGGACGCCUCCUCAACCCCGGGCGAGAGGCCGAUGCGCUAGUUGUGGCGCUGGGCGACACGCACCUCGAUAUGCUCAAGCCUCGUUUCAACCAUCUCGCGAUGCACACGAACCCCAUCGACUUUCCCACGAUCGCGUUCAAGUCUUCGCCGUUUCCAGCGCUUGCGGCAUGUGUCUCAUCGACUAACUUACAGCACAUCAUGAUCCGAAAGGUCCGUCCGAACGUUCUCCUGGUCGCGAUCAACUGGCUCGCCCACCUGCACCCGGGAGGCCCGUCCUGGGCGCCUCCACACAAACGUCCCCCAUGCUGUGCUCGUGGAUACGAUGAUGCGUGCUACAAUCAAAAUCCCCGCGACGUCGAAGCGAUCCUGAAUCGAUUCCAGAGCGACUUGACCGAGUUCGUCAACCUUGGCAUCAAAGUCUUUGUCACAACUCUAGCGCCCGAGGGGACCGAAUACGACCCCCAGACCCUCCUGAAACCGUCCCCCGUUCUCGCUGUCAAUCGCACAGCAUUCCGAGAGAAGCACCGCUGGCUCAUCCACCUCAUCGAAGGUGCGAUCACCGGUGCCAACGCCACCAUCAUCGACUUGUCCGACAACUUGUGCUGGAACGAUUCGUGCCAUGUCGUAGACACGAACGGCAUCCCCAUCCGAAGGAACUCGAACGUGUUCACGCCCAAGUUCGCUGCCACAUACUUGACCGCGCUUGACCAAGUCGUGCAUGCCGCCAUCGCCGUCCCGGAAGAAAACCCUGGGAGUACAGUCAUCGAAGCUCCCAACUCGAACAGGGGUCCUCGCAUCGCCAGUCCUACGUACGACAAAAUUGUCGCCGCGCCGUCGGACUUCACCGUGGAUGUUGGAUAUGAGUUCGUGUCACCGGACUCGCCUUUCGGUGUAUCGCACGUGACCAAGGUGCUCAAUCCCGGCCAGCCCAACCUCGUCUUCGUCUACGGCGACUCGCACGCGAACCAAAUCAAGCCCCGGUUCUUGCGCAUCUUUGAAGACCGCCUCGGGGUCCGGAAUCGAUCCAACUUUCCUACCAUUGUAUACAAGUCGCUCGAUGGCACGCCUGCCUUGACCUGCGAAAAGAACUACGAUAGCGUGAUGAAGGUAGUCGAGACGAUUCAGCCAAAGGUGUUUGUACACAGCAUGAAUUGGCCCCAGUUUCUCCGUCCCGGAGGCUCUGACUCGGACCCGCAUGACUCCACCAGCCUUCAGUGCUGCGCUGCUGGCUACGUGGACAAAUGCACGUAUCAGCGGCCGAAAGAUGUCGUGAAGAUCGUGAAGCAGUUCGAGCGGGACAUCACGCGAUUCACAAAACUCGGGAUUAAGGUGUUUGUGGCCACGAUCAACGUAGAAGGACCGCAAUUCAAUCCUUACCACAUGCUGAGUGGCAACGAUGUCGGGGACACCUCCCCAGUGUCCAAAGCGGCCUUUCGCCAACAAAACAAGUGGCUGCUCGAGCUCGUGGAGAACGCAACUUUGGCCGCCAAUGCCACGAUCAUCGACUACUCGGACAACUACUGCUGGAACGACUCGUGCGGCGUUGUCGACGACCUCGGCCGCCCAGUCAUGAAGGACAGCAACCACUUAACCCGCACGUUCUCGCACGAGUACCUUGGUGUGGUCGAUCAGAUCGUGCAUUUUGCUUUAGCCCAACUUGCAAGUGAACUUAAUGAAUAAUGUUAUCCAGUACGAAGCAAUGGAAAGUUGACUGCUUUGGGCUGACGCUGAGGCGUGAAGAACCCGUAGGAUUUUGUUGGGCUGAUGCUGGUAGCUUUAUCGUCGAAGAAAUCGGCCGCCCACGUCGGCACCGCUGUCGACAGACCCCAAGACGACGCUCGGAACGCAUUGUAGAAGGCCACUGCGCCGUCUACUCCAGCGACGUUUCCUUUUGUUGAAGACGCUCCGCUGGAGGGGAACCCAAUGUUCAUGAGUUGCAGCUUGGACGAGGGGUAGAUGGCCGACAAGUCAUUCCACCAACGGUUCAGCGUAGCUGUCACAGCGUCGGGGGAGUUGACUAUGUCCGUGUCGUACAGGGAUAACGUCACGCCGAUCACGUCACAAUCUUGGCCCAAGCGGAUCAUGUCGGUUCGAAGCGCAGGAUUGAGCCACUCGGUGGCCCGCUGCACGGUGCCCACUCUGACGGCGGUUGCUUUUGCUUGAGCAAUGCGGUCUCGAACGGCACGGAUGGCCGCACCGAUCUCGUUGGCAGUGAAGCUCGUCCCGCGGUAGGCAUUCUCGCUGCCUACAGUCACGGCCAACACGGUACUGGGAAAGUACUUGAUGGCGCUUAAGGCACUCUGCACUUGGUCUUCGUACCACGCCUCCCGAGUCAUCCCGAUGCCAAGCAUCAAUUUGAGACCCACGGCCGCAGCAAAUGGCGCAACGUCAAUACCAUAAAAGUUGGAGUAUUCUGUGCGAAUGGCGGAAAACCGCGUCCGAAUGAGCUGCAAGUCCAAGCUAAUGGCAGCUCCGAUGUUCUUGAGAUCGUUGGGAUAUUCAUCAGCGUGAAACGGCGAGUACGCGACCCCUUGCGGACCACGCUGGCCCGUGGUCGUUGUUGGCGUCGGAACGGGCGCAAGAGGCGGUGUUGGUACUGGUAGGGAGGUUGGCUGCGGAGCUGGAAGAUCUUGGCGGAGUAGUGGGUAGUUGGCCAGUUUCGGCAACCUUGUGAUGGACGUGAAGAAGCCAAAGUGCUUUUCCAAGUCGGCCGACUGAGUCGUGUCGUCGGGUCGGAGGUCAAACAUGGAGUACCAAAAAGCCUCCCCUCCCCCGGCUUUGGGGCUCCAGUUCUGAAACGCGUUGUAAAACUGAAACGAAUUCGCCAGGCUUGGGAUGUUCCGAGGAGCAAACGACGGGGCAGCUCCCCCCGUGGGGAACCCAAUUUCGGUGAGCCGAAGUUUGGACGCGGGGUAUAUGGCGAGCAAUUGGUUCCAAAUCGCAUCGAGGAGCCCCAGAGGGUUCCUUGCGUCGUAGUUGCCGUCGAAGAAGGGGUAGAUAUUGAC